AUGGCAGAUCUUCUUACGUUACAGCAAAUUAUUGAAUUGAAAGAAGCUUUUGCUUUGUUUGACAAAGAUUGUGAUGGAAGUAUUACUGUUGAGGAUCUUGAUGAAGUUUUUGCAUCCAUCGGACAAAAGGUUUCACGAGAAAAACUACAGAAUAUGAUGGCUGAGGCUGAUCUUGAUGCCAAUGGUGUGAUAGACUUCCCUGAGUUUCUUACCCUCGUUGCCACUAAACUGAAUGAUCCAGCUGAAAAAGAGUUGGAACUUCGGCGUGCUUUUGCUAUUUAUGAUCUUGGCAAUACAGGGUAUAUUAAGGCAACCGAUUUGAGAUUUGUUAUGGGUCGUUUGGGUUGUCCGCUCACUCCAGAGCAGGCAUUUGAGAUGAUUAAUGAGGCUGAUAUUGACGGUGAUGGACGACUUAGUUUUGAGGAGUUUCGUAGAGUGAUGGUUGAUUCAUGGUCUUAA